AUGGCCUCCACCACGCAUAGUAGCUACUUCUUACCCAUUGAGGACACCUUUCCCAUUUCCGCCCAGGUGUCGAGACUGGAGCUUGAAAAGGACUUGUUGGAAAACGGACUUGCCAACUGCGUUACCUAUUUGCAGGCGCUACGGAAGAAGCAAGCUCGGAAUGAACGGCGGCUUGCUGCCGACUCGUCCUUGCCUGUUAGGAAAAAGAAAAAGAUCCGACAAAGCAUGCGUGAGCUGGAGAAAGAAAUCCAAAAUCGAGAGCGUGAUGAACAAGCUCUCCUCAACAAUCUCCAAGUUUGCAAAGCAAACAUCUAUCUCGCCGAGACGGUUUCGUCGCCGUCUACAACAGUCUCAUCAACGAUACCGGACCUUGCCUCAGACUCUACGCUAUGUUCAUACCCAGAAGAUACAGAGGCCGGAGAUGGGCAGUGGAACGGUCGGGCGAACAAGAGGGCAUCAUCUCCGUUUCAAAAGGAUUGCAGCAACUCUUCGUUUGUUGACGAUAUCGCACCAAAUGACCAUUUAGGUUCUGAUGGCUUCGAUUUAGCGAGCACCAAAAGCACAUUCUGUGCGCAGUAUGUGGUACAGACAGGCGCUACGUGGCCUUUGCCCAUGGCCUGUAGAUCAAAGCGGUUUGUGUUCAGCCCUGAGGCUGCUGUCUUUGAACCGCAAAACGCCUUCAAGGAUCAGAAUGUGCAGUUGGGCCAACAGUUCGCUGAAUUGCAUAUUUCAUCAUCACUAGCAGCAACGACGUUGGAAAGCAUAGGAUCAGGUAGUAGCAUGGAUGUAUGCCGCCUCACCAAAUUUGUCACUGCACAAUCAAAUCGGGAAAACUCGUUUGAGAGAAGUGCUGAGGAAGCUAGGAGGCAGUCUUGGGACAACAGAGCUCUGCGGCAGCAAAGCCUAGACGUGGAGGCAGGCAAUGCUGGCAGGCUUAAGAGAAGCAGGGUGAACUCUGUGUGA